GCAGGCAGCGCCACCCUCGGCUGUCAGGCGGCGACGGAGCGAGUUGGGCCGGGCCUGGGAGGCAGGCAGGCAGGCGGGUGAAGGGCUGUGCGGGCCAGGGCGCCGAGGGGCCCGCGCUGAGGAGGAGGAGCCGCCGCCGCCGCCACCAUGUUUAGGCGGAUUUUGCAGAGGAAUCCAGGCAGAGUUGGAUCUCAGGCCUCAGAUUCUGACUCUGCAGUCUCUGGAAAUGCGGUUGAUGUUAACAACGAGAGCUCUUCAGAGGGCUUCAUCUGUCCAGUAUGUAUGAAAAUGUGCAUUACUGCCCCUGAGUUAUCUGAACAUUACCAGAAUGAACACGUUGGGACAGAAACAAGAAGACUGGAGCUGCAUGAAUUACCUGCUAGUACAGGAUUUAUUUGUCCACUUUGUAUGAAAUCCCAUGGAUCAGCUGAAGAACUUUUCAAACACUAUGAAGCGGUUCAUGAAUCUGGUGUCGACGCAAGUCAUGGAGGCGAAUUGUCUCCAAAAAGGGAUGACAUAACACUACUGCGGCAAGAAGUUCAAGACUUGCAAGCUUCACUGAAGGAGGAGCGAUGGUACUCUGAAGAGCUGAAGAAGGAAUUAGAAAAAGUUCAAGGGCAGAGGCAUCAAGAGAAUAAACCUGAUGGACUGGCAGGUGCUGCACCUACAGAAUUGGAAACAUUAGAACAGCAGUUAGAAGAGAGUCAAGUAGAAAAGUUUAAUAUUAAGCAGAUGAAAGACUUGUUUGAACAGAAAGCAGCACAACUUGCCACAGAAAUUGUGGAUCUUAAAGCCAAAUAUGAUGAAGAAAAGAGCCUUCGAGAAGCUGCAGAACACAGAGUGGCAAAUUUGACAGAGGAAUUACAGAAAGAAAGAGGUGUAUGUGAAGAUUUGAAAACAGAGCUGCUUCAGAGACCUGGUGUGGAAGAUGUUGCUGUUCUUAAGAAGGAAUUGGUUCAAGUUCAAACACUUAUGGACAAUAUGACCUUGGAGCGUGAGAAAGAAUCGGAGAAGCUGCAAGAUGAGUGCAAUCAUUUGCAAGCAGAAUAUACCACCUCACAGGCUACCAUUAAUCAGUUAAGAGCUGAGCUUGCCAAAGGACCUCAAGAAGUUGCUGUAUAUGUGCAAGAACUUCAGAAACUUCAAUUUUCAGUUAACGAAUUAACACAGAAAAAUCAGAGUCUGUUGGAAAAAUUGAAAAAGAGAGAAUUGGAUUACUCUCGGUUAGAAGAAAAGCAAACUGAGGAGUCAAUAAGUAAAAAGAAUCUGCAAGCAACCCUUAAUCAAAAGGACUUGGACUGUCAGCAGCUUCAGGCACGGCUAUCUGCAUCUGAGGACUCAUUGCAGAGGUUGCAGAAAGAAUUAGGUGAAAGGAGAGAAGCAAGUCAAAAACUUAAGGAAGAAUUGUCAGAAGCAGAGACCAAAUACCAGCAUCUUAAGGCAGAGUUUAAACAGCUACAACAACAAAGGGAGGAAAAAGAACAGCAUAGCCUGCAACUUCAAAAUGAACUCAAUCAGUUACAUAAUAAACUUCUGGAGACAGAACAUCAACUUGGAGAAGCCCAUGGACGGCUAAAAGAGCAGAGACAGCUGUCUAGUGAAAAGCUUAUGGACAAGGAACAGCAGGUUGCUGAUCUUCAAAUAAAGCUUUCACGUUCUGAGGAGGAGCUAAAGGAGAAAGCAGCAAUUGCAACUGAACUGCAGCAUCAGUUAGAUAAAAUGAAACAGCAGCACCAGGAGCAACAGAACCUUCAGCAAAGCACAACAGCAAAGCUGCGAGAAGCCCAGAAUGAUUUGGAGCAAGUGCUACGUCAGAUUGGAGAUAAGGAUCAAAAAAUUCAAAACCUUGAAGCCCUGUUACAAAAGAGUAAAGAGAAUAUCUCCCUGCUAGAAAAAGAGAGGGAGGAUUUGUAUGCCAAAAUCCAAGCUGGUGAAGGAGAAACAGCAGUUCUUAAUCAGCUACAGGAAAAGAACCACACAUUGCAAGAACAGGUUACUCAGCUGACAGAAAAACUGAAAAAUCAGUCAGAAAGCCAUAAACAGGCUCUAGAGAAUUUGCAUGAGCAAGUGCAGGAGCAAAAGGCACAUCUAAGAUCCUCUCAAGACCGUGUUGUCUCCUUAGAAGCAACUAUAACUGAGCUAAACAGUCAGUUAAGUGAAAGUAAAGAAAAAGUAAUUCAACUUGAUUUGCAGGUAAAAGCAAAAACUGAGUUGCUUCUAUCAGCGGAAGCUGCAAAAGCUGCUCAAAGAGCAGAUCUCCAGAAUCAUUUGGACACUGCUCAGAAUGCAUUACAAGAUAAACAGCAGGAACUAAAUAAGGUCAAUACACAGUUGGAUCAGGUUACUUCUAAACUCCAAGACAAACAGGAAUACUGCACCCAGUUGGAAACUAAUCUUAAAGAGUACAAAGAAAAACAUCUUCAUUUAGAACAAAAAACAGAAGAAUUGGAAGGUCAACGCAAGAAGCUUGAAGCUGACAUCCUGGAAAUUACAGGAAGCAAAGCAAAGGCACUUCAGGAGCUGCAGCAGCAAAGACAACAAUGUACAGAAUUAAAUCUCAAAGCUGCAGAAUUGACCAAACUACUAGAUUCGGAAAGAGAAAUAAUAUCUAGUAUCAAAUUAGACCUUCAAAAGAAAUGUGAUGCACUGGGAGAAUCAAACCAGCAGAUACUGAAGCAAGAAGAAGAAAAUGCAAGGCUGAAAUUAGAUAUUGAAAAAGUACAUCAAGAUGCAGACAAACAUAAUAAAGAAUUAGAUAGAAAAUUGCAAGCAAUGACAGAAGACUUAAAGAAAUUAGAAUUAGAAAAAGAGACUCUAUUAAAGGAACUUGAAGCUAUCAAAAAUAAAUUGUCAAAGAACACUGAAUCUUUGAAAGAAGCAAAAGAUGAAUUAGAGAAAGAGAAACAGAAAGGAAAGACAGCAGUGGCAGAAAUAGAGAAAUCUUGUCAAGAAGCUAGACGGCAACUGCAACUGCAGUCAGAAUCUAUAGCUAAAGAACAAAAUGAAUUGAAAAACUCAUUGGAAAAACAAGAAGGGAUCUCCAAGCAAUUGACUACAGAGCUUGAUACAGCACGUGCCCAAGUCCUGCAAAUUCAAGGUGUUUUAAAAGAGAAAGAAAAGAACGAACAGCAGUUACAGUUAAAGGUGAAAGAACUGAAGGAAUCUUUUGAUCAGAAAAAAAAGCAAAACGAAACACAACAAGCAGAAUUAAAGACAGCUCUCUUGGAAAAGGCAGAACUUGAGAAUAAAUUGCAGCAGCAGAUAACAUUAUCAGCACAAGAGCUCACAGCAGAGAGAGAAAAGAUAACAGAGUUACAGAAGACCUAUAAAACAGCACAAGAAAAUAUGGAAAAGCUUCAAUUAGAUAUUUAUGGUAAAGAAUCAGAGCUCUUAGCUACACGGCAAGACCUUAAGUCAAUUGAGGAGAAGCUUGCUUUAGCUCAAGAGGAGUUGGUUUCAAACAGAAAUCAAAUUAGUAAUCACAAUCAGUUGAUAAAAGAACUCAAGACUGUAAGAGCUACGCUGGAGCAGGGUGUAUCUAAAAAAGAACACCAGCUGAAAGAGCAAGAGAAAUUAUUACAAGAAAUACAGAAAGAUAAGGAUUUGAAAGAAAAGGACUUGGCUAAUGAAAAAUCCAAAACAGCAGAACUUCAGAAGAUUAGCAGCAAACAGGAAAAAGAAAAUGCCAAACUGAAGGAAGAAGCUAAAAUAAGCAAGCAAGAAUUUGAGAAGGAGAUAACAAAUCUAAAGGAUGCCAAACAAAUGUUGAUUAAACAGAAACUGGAACUACAGGGAAAAGUGGAUAGCAUUAAUACAGCUCUUGAACAAGAGAAAAAGAACCAGGAAGCUAUCAAAGAUCAAUUGAAAAAGAAAGAUGAAGAAAUGAAGAAGAAAUGUGCUGAGUUGGAAACAAAACUGCAAGCUGAGAUCAAGGAGAAAGCUGAACAGUGUAAAAGUAGCAAAGAGGCUGAAGGCAAAUUCAAUAUGCAAAUCACAGCUUUGAAUGAGAACCUGGGGACCGUGAAGAAAGAGUGGCAGAGCAGCCAAAGGAGGGUUAACGAACUAGAAAAACAAACAGAUGAUCUUCGUGGUGAAAUAGCAGUGCUGGAAGCCACAGUGCAAAAUAACCAGGAUGAGAGGAGAGUCUUGUUGGAAAGGUGCCUUAAAAGUGAAGGAGAAAUUGAAAAACUUCAAAACAAAUUGAUGGAUUCAAGAAGAAAACUGGAUGACACUACUGCAGCCAUGCAAGAACUGGGCAGAGAGAAUCAGUCCCUGCAGAUCAAACAUACACAAGCCCUAAAUAGGAAAUGGGCUGAAGACAAUGAGGUUCAGAAUUGCAUGAGCUGUGGGAAAAACUUUUCUGUAACAAUAAGAAGGCAUCACUGCAGACAAUGUGGAAAUAUCUUCUGUGCUGAAUGCUCAUCAAAGAAUGCCUUAACUCCUUCUUCUAAGAAACCUGUUCGUGUGUGUGAUACUUGUUUCAUUGACUUGCAAGGAUAAUUACUCACAUCUCUUAAAUAUUAUGCUACAAUAAAGUUUCUGUUAUGCACUUCGUACAACACUCAGACUACUGUUUGGUUUGGGCGAUGAUUGUAACAAUUGGAGAAAUUAUAGCAUAGUUUAUACUUUAUUGAUAAAGUCAAACAAUUGUACUUCUUGUGAGGCUGAAGUUAUCUAUGGCUUAUUUGGUCUUGGUCCUACAAGAGCUUCUGUGUUGAGUUUAUAAGUCCCCAGUAACUUGUAAAUAAAGUUUAAAAGAGGAGUAACAAUGUAUUUUUUUAUCUUAAUCCAUUUGUUCGAAAGUACCAUAUUUCACAGUAAACAUGUUUGCAGGGAUUUUGUGUAUUGGAUAUUGCUGCUGUAAUGGCAUAAUCACGAUUUCAUGGCUGCAUCAGCACUUAAAGGAAAUUUAAUAGCCCCAAAACAAGCAGCUUCUUACCCCAUUUCUUCCUACUACGCAGUGAGUAUCACGCUUAUGGUGUGUGCCCACUUGGUGGAAAACUGCACUGAGAGCUUAAAUAUUGUCAGGAUAUUUAACUACAAUUUCACAAUAUACAAUUGAGUGAAAAGUAGAAGCAGCAUCAGGAUUGUUGUCUAUGUUUGAUCUCUUUUAAAAAUACUCUUGCUUCAUAUCAGAAGGACUUAGGUGGCAGUCAUCAUUUUAAUAUGCAAUUUGAAACCCAUGGGGUAGGGCUGUAUUUUUCCUUCUCUUCCUUUGAGAGCCCUUCCAUUCAUUUAUAUUUCUUUGUACUAGUAAAUACAUACCGGGGUUUUUUUUUUUCAUUCUCAUAAGAAAGUUUGCAUGAAGAGCCAAGAAAAUAUACACAAAGAAGAGAAGGGCUGGAAUUCAGAGAUAGGUAGUUCAGAAAGCAAUUAGUUAUUCCGGACUUCCAACAUUUUCAGCGUAUUUUCUCUCUCCAGUUUUUUAGUUUUUGCUGGAGGAUUUUAUUGUAUCUGUGCAGAUUUGGAAUGAAUCCUUAUAUUUAUUAAUAGGAUUGAACAUUCUUUCACAUUAUUUUAAGUAUGUCACUGAAGUACAAUCUCAGUCAUGGAUUUUACAACAUGCUGGAAACAUAUUUUGUCCAGCUUAAAAAUAGUUAAAAUCCUUUCUUUUAAAAUUAAAUGUCUUUUAAAAUUAAAGAGUUGCUUUUAAGCAGCAAGUGAUAUCUUCCAGUUCACAUUUUCUUUGAUUAAGGAGGAUAGGAGUAACACACCAGAGAUUUUAGAAGUACUUCUGAAAUCUAGAAUGACCAAAAUAUUAGAUGAUCUUGGAUUUGAAGUUUGCUUUUAAAAUGUCGUGUAGUUGUCCUUGAUUUGUUUGGAUAACAAGUGAUUCCAGCAUACAAAGACUGGAAUAGAGAGGAAGGAAAAAGGGAGUAACAAAGACAUGCUUGUAGAAGUCAAGCAUCUUAUUUUAUUGCAGAAUCCUGUAAAUCCAACUUGUCAUGUUUCCAUAUUAAACAGCUUCAGUGAUACCAUAUCUAGCAAAGCUCCCUUUUUCUGGCAUACGAAUGACUAAUCAGGGUUAGGCUAGUAGUUUUGCCUGGUGUAAAGAGGCAUUAAAGAUAGCCUGAUGGUAAAAACCAAAUAUGAUGUAUAGACUUUUCAUGUCAGACUGACAUUGAACCAUCCAAAUGUUUUAUACCAGUAGUUAGCAUUCUUCCUUCCCAACUUUACUUAUCCUUUUAAGAGUAAUUGUACAGAAAAAUGUCCACAUUAUCUAUUAAAAGAGAUGAGAAUUAAGUCUGGAUUAAUCAUAAGAAUUCCAGUCAGAGAAAUCUUUGUGCAUUUCUAUGAAUAAACGAAUUCUGCAGCAAUUCCCAGGUAAUACAAAUGUAGAUAAUUCUGACAUGAAUAGUAAAAGGCAUUGCCUUUGUGUAUGAGAGGCAAUGGCUUUUACUAUAGCGUCUGCCACCUGCUACGUUGUUAGCUAAUUUAUAUUCAGAAUAUUUUGAGAAGUUCCCCAGUCAAAAGGGGUGCUUGAAUAGAUUUAAGAGCUGUGAGUUAAUUUAAUUGGUUGAGGAUAUCUUACAGCUCUACACGGUGAAUACAGAUGUAUAUAGGGAGACAAAAAAUGAAUCUUAUGAGAUCUGUUCUGUAGUUGGGAAAGUUAAACUAUUUCAAUAGAAAUCCAAGUAUUCCUCAGGAAGGAUAAUAAUAUUGUCACUGGCACUAUGCACUUUCAUUCUAGUUUUUCCAACACAAUAUGCAAACUGUGAAACAACUUUCUGUAAGAACCAAUGGAAAAAUUGAUACAGAAGGCUUGAUAUUUAUAGAUAAGUGCUCACUAAAAUUCAUUUUGAUGCAUAGGAGUAUUAUAUCUAUGAGUCCUGCUUGCACCUGAGGACAUAGGUAUAGGAAAGGAAUUGGCAUGUUUCUUAACAUGUAUUUAAAAUAAAAUAAGAAUUUGAGCAUAUCAGUUUUGCACUUUUUACAUUAGUUGAGUGCUUUCCUUUCUUUGAGGUUUUGUUUCCACCAUUACAUUACACUAAAUUUAUGUGAAUGGUCAGGCCAUAGCAAUAAGUAGAGCAGAACAUCUUCUACGUCAUAGAAGUUUUUUGUAUUCACAUUGUUUUUAAAAGUUAACAUGUUUCAGAAUAAUAUACAACUAUGAAGCUAAAGGUUUUAUAAUUGUAUGAUACAUUUCUUAAUUGCUAUUUCAGAUUUUAGAAAACGAUAAGAUUAAAUCCAGUUAUUAAGCCCAAAUGAGAAAGAUCCACUGAAUUAACUGAACUUUCAUAUGUGUUGAUGUCGCAAGCUUCUAUUGAUUCGAUAAACACCUAUGAAAGAAAGUUCAGUUGAAUGAGUGAGUUUUUUUCUAAUUGGGAAUUACAUUUUGCUUUAGGCCCUAGCCUUUAUCAUUGACUGCUCUGCCUCAGUUUAUGGGAUGAUACAAUAUUCUAUGCAGCCAUUGUAUAGCAGGUACCCAAAAAGACUUUCAGAUUUGAUAUCAGGAAAUCAAUCCACUCUCCUUGUGCCAAUCAAAGAUGCAUCAAGUUCACUGAGGGAGUUUUCUUUUUCAGUUGUUAUUCUCUCUUAAAAAAACAACCUGAAUUCAUGUUAUUUGCUUUUUAUUUAUUUUUUACUCUUAAUUUUUGCAUUUAGGAAAUCCAUUGGUGACCAGUAUGGCAAGUUGUCUUAUAUUUCCUUUUGUGCAAUAUCAGUUGACUCCCAAUUUUCAGUACCAAGGGAAAAAGAAAAGAAAGUCACAUUGAACUAGCAAAUGCAGAGAAAUGUUAUGAUAUAAAUCUGUCCCAAAUGCUGCUUGUUUUAGAUUUCUCACUUUUGUAAUUAUAUGAUUUAAAAAACACACAGUCUCCAAUUUGACACUUGAUGCCACUGUAUAAGAUUUCGUUUUAACUACCUCUUGAUAUGAAACUCAACCAGUCCAUUUUGAUCUGGUUUCCUCACUAUAACGUUGGGUACUGAUUUGUGAUAACUGCCAAAUUUCCAAGUAUUAUGCCUCACCAAAAAUAUAUUGUUUGGGUGUAUAUGCUUAUCUAGCUUCCAAUUAUUAUAAACUCACAUGAGCUCUUAACUUCUGUAGUUUAGUUGGAUUCACUUGCAGCGGUUGGGCAAAAAGCAAGUUGUCACACAAACUGUCCUAGUUAUAGUCUUUAGGGCUAUAUCAGGUAUAUAUUGGCAGUUGGCCACCAUUAACAUUUUACAGGCCGUUGAAUUAGCUUCCAUUUCCAGACCCUAGACAAAAAGUUAUCAAAUACAGUUGUUCUUUAUUGAAAGUGUACCACAAAUUGUACUGUCCUGUUGGCCUCUUUUUAAUGAUUGCUUUAUUAUGGUUGCAGAUGUGAAUAUUGUGCAUACGAUUUACUGAUUUUUCUGUAUAAUUGUAUAAAAUUAGAAUUGAAAUACUUCUGUGCUUACUUUAUAUUUGCAGGAGAUGUAUCAAGGUAACGUUACCUUCAUAACACUGCACUUCUUUUUUCAAUUGGACCUUUACACUCACAUUAUCUUGUAGAUAGUUUUGCAUGGCAAUUUUUAUCGGUUGGAUUUUCUGAAUUCCCUCCUUUCCGUGGUGUGUUUAUGACUUGUAGUCAUGUAGUUGUGCCUUACAUUGUGAAAGGGUUUAGUUCAGUAUGCACUGUAAAUCUCUAAACUCUGCAUUUGGAAAGUGGUGAAAGUGGAGGAGCAAGAAAACGACACCAUGCACCAACUAUAAUUCUGUAUAUGAAACACAUGGGUGGAAACUUGUGGAAAUGUUACUUUUGUAUUCUAAUCUGUUAUUGGGCUGAAAAUAAAAUUAGACAUUUCUGAUAGAA